AUGGUUCAUCUCGCUGCUGUCAAGAAGGACGACGAGGUCGUCCAUCCCUCCAGCCGCGUGGUUGACUCCAUCGGCGCCCCGGACGAGAAUGACUUCUACACUAAUGUGUAUGGUAGCCACUUCGCUGCGGACCACAUGCUCCAGCAUGAAAUGCCCGAACGUGAGAUGCCUCGUCAGAUUGCUGCUCGUAUGAUCAAGGAUGAGCUGAGUUUGGACGGCAAUCCCAAGCUCAACCUGGCCAGUUUUGUGACGACGUACAUGGAAGACGAGAUCGAGUCGAUCAUGACCGAUUCCUUUAGCAAAAACUUCAUCGACUACGAGGAGUACCCCCACUCCGCUGAGAUCCAAAACCGCUGCAUUAACAUGAUCGCUCGUUUGUUCAACUGUCCAACCGAUAGCAGUGGCGAAAAUGCCAUGGGAACCUCGACCAUUGGCUCCUCCGAAGCUAUCAUGCUGGGGACACUGGCCAUGAAGAAGCGAUGGCAGAACAAGCGCAAGGCCGAGGGCAAGGACUGGACCCGCCCCAACAUUGUCAUGAAUAGUGCCGUCCAGGUCUGCUGGGAGAAGGCCGCUCGCUACUUCGACAUCGAGGAGAAGUACGUCUACUGCACUAACACCCGCUAUGUCAUCGACCCCAAGCAGGCGGUCGAUUUGGUGGAUGAGAAUACCAUUGGUAUCUGCGCCAUCAUUGGCACCACCUACACUGGUGAAUAUGAGGACGUCAAGGCGAUCAAUGACCUGCUGGUCGAACGGGGCAUUGACUGCCCAAUUCAUGUUGACGCGGCCAGCGGUGGCUUUGUCGCCCCGUUUAUCCAGCCCGACCUGGCGUGGGAUUUCCGUCUGGAGAAGGUGGCGUCGAUCAAUGUGUCGGGUCACAAGUAUGGGUUGGUUUACCCCGGCGUGGGCUGGGUUAUCUGGCGGUCUCCGGAGUAUUUGCCGCAGGAACUGGUGUUCAACAUCAAUUACCUGGGCGCCGACCAGGCCAGUUUCACGCUCAACUUCUCCAAGGGUGCAUCGCAUGUCAUUGGCCAAUAUUAUCAGCUGAUUCGUCUGGGCAAGCACGGUUACCGGUCCAUCAUGGUGAAUUUGACCCGGAUUGCCGACUACAUGGCGGACCAGCUGCAACAGCUGAGCAUGAUCCUUUUGAGCCAGACUAAGGGCCGUGGCCUGCCGCUCGUGGCCUUCCGCCUUCCCCCAAAUCCCGACCGUGUAUUCGAUGAGUUUGCGCUCGCCCACCAGCUGCGGGAGCGUGGCUGGAUUGUGCCGGCAUACACCAUGGCACCGCACAGCGAAAAGCUGCAGCUGAUGCGUAUUGUCGUCCGCGAGGACUUUAGCAUGAACCGCUGCGACAGCUUGCUGCAGGACAUCAAACUGGCUCUGCAGACGCUCGAGUCUAUGGAUGAAGCCAUGAUGGUCAAGUACAAGGCGCAUAUGCAUAGUCAACGAGCUCACCCGCGACACCAUCGCCAGUCGCAUCCGCACUACAAGAACGAAACGCACUCGCUACAGGGCCAGACGGGUAAGACUCACGGCGUCUGUUAA